AUGGAGGAGCUUGUGGCCAAGCUGCCAACGAGCAAGCGAGUGGAUUGGGCCAGGCAUGCUGCAACGAUCGCGCCCUUUUCCACUGUAGUCCACUUCAGCGCAUGGCUACAGGAGUACCCAAACGUGGUGUGCACGGUUUUGUGGAGGACAGCAUGGAAUAUUGAACUGCAGAGAAUUUAUUGGAGCUUCGCCACAGGAAAGGUGGAGCAAUGUGAGUGCCAGAUUAAUGGAUGCCGAAGGGAGCAUCACCGUCUGCUACAUGGUGCGGACGAGGAGCGAAGGCCGCUGCAGCGAGGUGGCUUCAGACGCCACGAAGGGAACCAGCAGCCAGCAGUUUCCAGACGCAGCCCGGCCAGGAGGCCUUCGCUACGAGAUGGUCACAGGGACCAGGAGAGGAACCGGCAGCCAGCCGUUCCCAGCAACAGCCUGGAGAGAGGAGCUCCGCGUGAAGCGGAAGCGCCCAUGCAGAGGAAUUUGAGCUGCGUUGACGCCGAAGGAGGCCGUCUACUGUUCCGUAUACUGCCGGUUACGCUGUACGGAGCGGGGCGAAAGGUGGAUACGUAUGCGCUCCUAGAUGAGGGAUCCUCCGUCACGAUGAGCGAUGACGAGCUACGAAGGGAUCUUGGAGUGCAAGGAGAGCGUCGGCAGCUAAAUAUCCAAUGGUUUGGAGGUAAGGCAACCAGAGAGCCUACCAACGUGGUGAGUCUGAAGAUAAGUGGAGUUGGAAAGCCCACUCGCCAUGUAUUGAAAAACUUUUAUGCCGUUUCGAGCUUGAGUUUGCCGAUGCAGACAUUGAGCCGACGAGAUGUCCAGGGCGUGCACAGGGAUGCGCGUCUGCCGAUGAAGCCUUACAGCAACGUGGUGCCGAAGCUGCUCAUCGGCCUGGAUCACGGACAUCUGGGGUUGCCACUUAGGACGAGGCGGUUCGCUCGAGAGGGACCGUAUGCGGCCGCAACCAAGCUGGGCUGGGUUGUGUUUGGGCCUGUAAGUGGGCAACCGACCACGCCGUCACCGAGGUCCUGCCUACUUGCCGUGUCAGUGGAUGACGCGAUGGAAAAGAUGGUGGAGGACUACUUCGACAUGGAGAAUUUUGGAGUGAAGCCCGCGCCGCCGGUCGCAGCCAGCGACGAUGUUCGGGCCCAAAGGAUACUCGAAGACACCACGGUGAAAGUGGGGCGUCGCUACCAGACGGGAUUACUCUGGAAGGACGACCACGUUGUGCUGCCACCGAGCUAUGAGAUGGAGUACAGGAGGCUGGUCAACGUCGAGAAGAAGAUGAAGCGCAACAAGCCGUUGGCGCAGGAAUACGAUCGGAUUAUAAAGGAUUACGUGUCUAAAGGAUACGCGAGGAGGCUGCAGCCGGAGGAGGUCGCGGUAAGGAGCGAUCGCCUAUGGUAUUUGCCACAUUUCGGUGUCGAAAACCCAAACAAGCCCGGCAAGGUACGGCUUGUGUUUGAUGCUGCAGCCAAAGUUGGAGGAACCUCGCUAAACUCGGAGCUGGACAAAGGGCCUCAGCACUAUAAGCCUUUGCCAGCUGUGCUCUUUCAUUUCAGAGAGGGAGCCGUCGGAGUCUGCGGUGACAUCAAGGAGAUGUUCCACCAAGUGCUGAUCCGACCCGAGGAUAGAUGUUCCCAACGAUUCCUCUGGAGAGAUGGCGACGACGAGAGAGAUCCGGAUGUCUAUGAGAUGAACGUAAUGACGUUUGGAGCAGCCUGCUCGCCGAGCGCUUCGCAUUACGUGAAGACUAUGAAUGCCCUGAAGUAUCGGGAUUCGGAUCCGAAAGCGGUCAAGGCCAUCACCGACUACCAUUAUGUCGAUGACUAUGUGGACAGUUUCGCUACAGAGAGCGAGGCUAUCAGCGUAUCUACCCGAGUGAAGGAGAUACACAAGGAUGCUGGAUUCGAAUUAUGCCAGUUUUCAUCCAGCUCACCCACCGUGGAGACGGCUUUAGGACCUGGUCGAGUCAAGAGCGUCGGAUGGGGUGAGGCUGAAGAGAAGAUCCUCGGAAUGCGUUGGCAAGUAGCAAAAGAUGACUUCAGAUUCAACGUGGAGUAUCAUCGAGUGCCAAGCAGCGUCCUGAGUGGAGAUCGAGUCCCUACGAAGAGGGAAUAUUUGAGCCUGGUGAUGUCAACGUUUGACCCCCUGGGAUUCCUGUGCUGCCUCAUGGUUACAGCGAAGCUGCUGCUGCGAGAGAUUUGGAGGCAGAAGAUCCAGUGGGACGAACCACUACCGGAGGAGUUAAGCAAGAUGGACGCCGUGGGACAGUUCCGAUGUCCGCGCCAUUAUUUUGGGCGUGGAGCAGUCCGGGCCGUAGAGUUGCACGUCUUCGCGGAUGCUAGUCAGGCAGCAUUCGCGGCGGUGGCCUAUUGGAGGGUCACAUAUGAGGACGACGACGUGCAGGUGAGCUUCGUGAGUGCGAAGACGAAGUGUGCCCCAAUUAGAACGAUGACGAUCCCACGGCUGGAGCUGCAGGCAGCAGUUCUUGGAACCAGGCUGAUGAACACUGUCAAGGAGGAGCACAGUGUGGUCAUCACGGACCUGGUGUUAUGGACGGACUCUAAGACGGUGCUGAGAUGGAUCGGCAGCACCCACCGCCGGUAUAAGCAGUUUGUUGGCAACCGAGUGGCGGAGAUUUUGGAGUCGUCGAAGGUUUCCCAAUGGAGAUGGGUGCCUACAGCCGACAAUGCGGCUGAUGAUGCGACGCGGUCGCAGAAAGGAGUCGACCUUAGCCAGGAAUCAAGGGGGAUAAGAGGACCUGCAUUUUUGAGGCAGCCAGCAGCCAGCUGGCCGGGGCCUGAGGAAGGAACUGAGCGUGUUCCAGAUGCCCCUGAUGUAGAAGAGAUGCCCAGUGAGUUUGCAUUAGUUGCGGCAGACGAUUUUGUUAUUCCGUUUCAGAGAUUCUCGAGCUUCAGUCGCCUGGUGAGGACCACAGCCAGGGUCCUACGGUUUACGCGCUGGUGCCGUAAACAGCGAAACGAGCUCGAGGAAUACGGCCUUACUGCAGCAGAAUGUAAGGACGCGGAGAACCUGUUGGUCAGACAGGCACAAUUGGAGUCGUUCCCCGACGAGAUGAUGUCGGCGGAAACUGGACAGGACGUCGCUAGAUCGAGCGACAUUCGAGGGUUGGUGCCCUACCUACGCUUGUGCGCCGCGAGAAGUGGUGCCGCCGAACGGAGCACAUCCACCAGGGUGAUAUGGUCUUCGUCUGCGAUGCUGCCUUGGCCCGACGAGAGUGGCGCAAGGGCAUCGUGGAGGAGAUCUACACACUGCGUUAGUUACCGCCUCAGCAUACACUCUCGGUCGGUGGCGGAUGUUGGCAGGCGGUUCGCGUCAAACGGCUCAAGCAGACGAACGACCGUCGGCAAGCGACAAUGGUUGUCGGCGGUUCGACGCAACGAGAAGUUCGCCGAGCGAACGGUCGUCGGUCGACGUCAGGCCGGACGGUUCGGGCGGUCGGAGAUCGAGGUUCAGUGCAACAAAAAGUUCGAUGUGAGCAGGAGACGUGCGAAUAUCCCUAAGGAUCCUAUAGCCCUCAUCAUGAGAAAUGAGGUUGCCCAUAAAGUCUUCAUUCAGGACGUUAGCAGCUGUAAUGGCACUGGAGGCACUCCGCUUACUGUAAAGAGAUCUCAGUUGGCCUACAUCAAGAAUUGCUCGACUGCUGUGGAGGCAUGGAACAAAUUGAGGGAAGUACAUCAGCCAAGCGGGCCUGUACGAAAGGUACAGUUGUACAAGAAGAUGCUUAACAAACGGAUGGAGCAAAGCCAGAGCAUGUCAACACAUAUAAGCGAUUUUGUGGAAAUUCUGGAUGGUCUAGCUGGAGUUGGAAUAGAGCUAAACGAUGAGUUACGAACUAUCGUUUUGCUGUCGAGCCUUCCUGAAGAAUUCAAACAUUUCGUGGUGGCCAUGGAAUCACGAGAUCAGUUGCCUACUUUCGAGAUUCUGACCAUAGAGUUAAAGGAAAAGAGCGAACGAAAGGGAAUAGCAGAAGAGCGAAUUGACAAUACUAACACUCGCUUGAACACAGAGGCAAAAUUGGCAGACAAGGACGUAUGA